UGGGAGCAGAAGUGAACCAUGUCCAGCCUGGGGUUGCUGUUCCUGCUCCUGCUCCUGGCCCCAUGGCCACCGCGGGCCUCCUCUCUGCCACAGCCAGACACCCCAGAGGUCAAGGCCACCAUCACGGGCCUGAUCCUCUCCUCACUGGAGCGGGCCACUGUCUUCCUGGAAGAGAGGCUGCCUGAGCUCAACCUGGAUGGUGUGGUGGAUUUCCGAGUACUGCAAGUGCAGCUCAAAGCCAUUCAGGAGGAGUGGGUCAGGGAUCCCCUGCUGCGGCCACUGAGCCUGCAAAUGGGAAGGCUGGCUGAGAAGCUGGUGGCCCUUCUCCAAAGAUCCAUUUCCCACCUGAAGCUGAAUGACCCCAACUACCUACGAGAGUUCCAGCGGACCAUCCUGCCCGGGUUCUGGAAGCUUCCCCAUGCCUGGACCCGCACCAAUGCCUCCAUGGUCUACCCCACGUUCGAGACCCAAGACUCCUUCUCGGAGGACCGAGGUGUCAUGUGCCUGGUGCAGCUGCUGGGAACCAGGAGGGACAGCAGCCAGCCCUGCAGGUUCUCAGACUUCUGCAGAACCCUCAUGACCAGGGCCAGCUCCUCAGGCUACUGCCUGUCCCACCAGCUGCUCUACUUCCUCUCUGCCAGAAUGACAGGAUGCACAAAAGGGCUGUUCUGUCACAGCCAGCACUACAUGGACCUCUUCUGUGCCAACAUGAUGGAUUUGAACUGGAGAGCUGAGGCUGUCAGAUACACCUAUCCCACCUGGGACAUCUUCAUGGAAAACAUCAUGUUCUGUGGAAUUGGCGGAUUCAUUGACUUCUACAAGCUCCAGUGGCUGGAGGCCAUCCUCAGCUGGCAGAAGCCAAGAGAAGGAUGCUUUGGGAAGCCUACUCCUGAAGAUGACAGAUUAUCUGAAGCUGCUCAAUACCACCAGCAUUUUUUAAGAAGAGUAAAGAGGCGAGAAAAACAAUUUACAGAUGGGUGCUCUGCCCACAACACUGGCAUGGCAGUUGAAGCCCUGGAUGGCUUCCUCUAUGUCCUGGCAGAGCACCCCCCAGCUCAUGGAAAGCUGCUCCAAUUCACACCAUCACCACCACACAGCUCCUGAGACGGAUGGAUCCACACUUGCUGCUCAAAAGAUGAAACAGACCUGUUUAGUCCUUUCUUCCUUGGGUCCUAGGGUCCUGUCCUAAGAAAGAAGUAACCCACAUAUAUCAUCUCAGGUUGCUGGGGAGCCCGGGUGAGCAGGGAGGGUGGGAGCCUG